GCAGAGCUGCCAGCAGGUGCCCCCUCCCCGCUGCAGUGAGCCCACCAUGCUGACCGCCUGGACUCAGCUCUUCCCGCGUGUCCGGCAAUGAGAUGUGCGUGACCCCGAGGAGAGGAAGCCGCUAGCCUGUCCCUUGACGUGCCGGGUCAUCGGCGGGCCCUGACCCAAAGGACCCGCUGAGCUGGAGGCACAGGGAGGAGCUGUCCGGACAUCCAGGCCGAUGGGGAAGGAAGCCAUGGUGGCAGCAGGACACAGUGGGUGGACGGCGAGAGGUGGCCGGCCGUGACGAGUGCUCCCUCCCAGCUCUUGCUGUGUGACCAUGCGGCCUGGGACAGGACGCGCCUGAGAGUGUGGGCGCCCUCCCCUCCUUCCCUCCGGGCUGCCGCCCAGCCCCCACCGGUCCCCUGGGCAGGCGGAGCGGGGUCUCCCGCAGGGCGGUCCCCAUGGCCGGGCGGCGGUGGGGCGUGCUGUGGGUGUGCGCGCUGGCGGCCACGCUGCUGCACGGGGGCGGCCUGGCCCGCGGCGACUGCUGGCUGAUCGAGGGCGACAAGGGCUUCGUGUGGCUGGCCAUCUGCAGCCAGAACCAGCCGCCGUACGAAGCCAUCCCACAGCACAUCAACAGCACCGUGGUGGACCUGCGGCUGAACGAGAACCGCAUCCACACCGUGCAGCACGCCGCGCUCAGCCGCUUCGGCAACCUCACGUACCUCAACCUCACCAAGAACGAGAUCGCCUACAUCGAGGACGGCGCCUUCUCCGGCCAGUUCAACCUGCAGGUGCUGCAGCUGGGCUACAACCGGCUGCGGAACCUGACGGAGGGCGCGCUGCGGGGCCUGGGCAAGCUGGAGUACCUGUACCUGCAGGCCAACCUCAUCGAGGUGGUCACGCCCGGCGCCUUCUGGGAGUGCCCCAACAUCGUCAACAUCGACCUGUCCAUGAACCGCAUCCAGCGGCUGCACAGCGCCACCUUCGCGGGCCUGGCCCGGCUCUCGGCCUGCGAACUCUACAGCAACCCCUUCUACUGCUCCUGUGAGCUGCUGGGCUUCCUGCGCUGGCUGGCGGCCUUCACCAAUGCCACGCAGACCUACGACCGCAUGCAGUGCGAGUCGCCGCCGCAGUACUCCGGCUACUUCCUGCUGGGCCGGGGCCGCCACGGCCAGCGCAGCAUCCUGAGCACGCUGCAGUCCGUGUGCACGGACGGCGCCUACCUGGCCGAGCCCCACCUGCUGCCCGAGGCCCGCCCGGUGCCUGGCCGCUCUCAGCCUGGCCGCUCUCCGCCCCCGCCACCCCCGGAGCCCAGCGAGGCCCCCUGCGCCGCCGAGGACUGCUUCUCCGGCGACGGCACCACCCCGCUGGUGGCCCUGCCCACCCUGGCCACGCCGGUGGAGGCGCGUCCCCUCAUUAAGGUCAAGCAGCUGACGCAGAACUCCGCCACCAUCAUGGUCCAGCUGCCCAGCCCGUUCAACCGCAUGUACACGCUGGAACAUUUCAACAACAGCAAGCCGUCCACCGUCUACAGGCUGACCAAGCCCCAGCAGGAGAUCCGCCUGCCCAACCUAGCCGCACUCACCAACUACACCUACUGCGUGGUGUCCACCAGCUCCGGCCUGCUGCACAACCACACCUGCCUCACGCUCUGCCUGCCCCAGCCGCCCAGCCCGCCGGGCCCCGUGCCCAGCCCCUCCACGGCCACCCACUACAUCAUGACCGUCCUGGGCUGUCUCUUCGGCAUGGUGCUGGUGCUCGGCGCCGUCUACUACUGUCUGCGCAAGCGUCGGCACCGGGAGAAGCACAAGACAGCGGCGGCAGCGGCGGCCGGCAGUCUGAAGAAGACCAUCAUCGAGCUCAAGUAUGGGCCGGAGAUGGAGGCGCCCGGCCUGGCCCCGUUGUCCCAGGGCCCGCUGCUGGGGCCCGAGGCUGUGACCCGCAUCCCAUUCAUGCCUGCGGCUGCCUGUGAGGUGGAGCCGUACAAGCUGGUGGAGAGCGAGACGCCCAAGGCCAGCAAGGGCUCCUACAUGGAGGUGCGCACGGGCGAGCCCGCCGAGCGCAGGGACUGCGACCUGGGCCGGCCGGGCCCUGACAGCCAGAGCUCGGUGGCCGAGAUCUCCACCAUCGCCAAGGAGGUGGACAAAGUCAACCAGAUCAUCAACAACUGCAUCGACGCGCUCAAGUCCGAGUCCACCUCCUUCCAGGGCGGCAAGUCGGGGGCCGUGUCCACGGCCGAGCCCCAGCUGGUGCUGCUGUCCGAGCCGCUGGCCGGCAAGCACGGCUUCCUGUCCCCCAUGUACAAGGACGCCUUCGGCCACGGCCUGCAGCGUCACCACAGCGUGGAGGCCGCCUCGGGGCCCCCACGCACCAGCACCUCGUCCAGCGGCUCCACGCGGAGCCCCAGGGCCUUCAGUGCCGAGGCCGCCAGUGCCCACAAGGCCGCCACCCCCGAGCCCAAGUACAUCGAGAAGAGCUCGCCCGCGGCUGACGCCAUCCUCACUGUGACGCCCACUCCCGCGGUGCUGCGGGCGGAGGCGGAGAAGGGCCGCCAGUAUGGUGAGCACCGGCACUCGUACCCGGGCUCCCACCCCGCCGAGCCAUCCUCGCCGCCCGCGCCCUCGCCCCACGACAGCCUGGGCAGCCGCAAGGCAUCCAUCCUGGAGCCGCUGACCCGGCCGCGACCCCGCGACCUGGCCUACUCGCAGCUGUCCCCACAGUACCGCCACCUGAGCUAUGCCUCCAGCCCCGAGUACACCUGCAGGGCCUCCCACAGCAUCUGGGAGCGGUUCCGCUUCAGCCGGCGGCGGCACAAGGACGACGAGGAGUUCAUGGCGGCCGGCCACGCACUGCGCAAAAAGGUCCAGUUCGCCAAAGACGAGGACCUGCACGACAUCUUGGACUACUGGAAGGGCGUGUCAGCCCAGCACAAGUCCUGAGCCCUCGCCGUGCUGCACUGGACUCCCGAUGCCCACUGGACCAAACAGGACACAGACCCACUGUAGCUCUUGUGACCCAGAGACUCGUGCGCCAAUGCACACGCACACACAUGCACG